AUGGCUGAUUCCGAAUCUAGAGAGAGAAACGGGAGAAAGAAUAUAGCCAAUAUUCUCAAAGUAUUGGAUUUCGAAGAUACCCCAGAAAGCCGAAAGCUCGAUCCAUGGAUGAUUGAUAUCCUGGCCGCUGCACAACAAAAAGAAAUCGAACAAAAAAAGAAUAAAGGAAAAGAAAUUGCUCGUCCAAGCGAAACGGAUAAUAUUCAUCGUGAUUCUCUUCACGAUAGUCCGAAAGAUCCAACGGCUCAAAAUAUUCGUGCAGGGAGAGCGGCGAAUGCUAAUUUGAUGAGGAAGAUUAUGGAGAAGAUGAAUGGUAACAAUUUGAAGUUCGUAUUUGAAAAAAAAUUGAAAGCUACCGAUAUCGACAAAAGUCAAAAUCGUCUACUAAUAGCCAAGGGAGUUGAGAACGAGUUCCUCAACAAAGAGGAGAAGAUGAAGCUUCAGGAUCGGCCGAACGAGGGAACUUCGAAGCAUAAAGAAUCGAUUAUGGUCAAAAUAUUGGUAUUUGACCAGGAUUGUUAUUACGAGGGUGAAAUUAGGGUUCAUGAGAUAAAGUUGUCAAAAUGGAACGGCGAAAAGUAUGUGAUGAAUGGGAAAUGGGGUCGGCUCGUCGAGGAAUAUAAACUAAAAGAAGACAUGAUCGUGGAGUUGUGGGCUUUUCGGGUGAAUUUGGAACUCCAUUUUGCUCUUAUCAAACUCAAGAACAAAUGUAAAUUCGAAUCGGAUGAAUGA